AUGGAUUUGCACAACGUCUCUAUCGAUGUUAGUGGAAACGUUUACAAACGAUUGCCAGAAAUGACUGAAGACAGUUACAUCCAGUUGAUAGAUCCAUAUUUCGCCAAUGAUGGUCCAAAUUGACGAAACAGUGGCACUUUCGCUGAUCUUGUCAAAGAACGGCAUGGUAAGCGUCUCAAGGCGCUGGAGAAAAGCUUGGAAGAAGCUGAAAAGGCGAGAAAUCACACCUCAAACGGUGUACUGCAAAGCAUUCUAGACCAGAUCAGCGGCCGAAUUCUUUCUCGUGAUUGCCGCUUUGUCCAAGUUGGAUCAUCGGUUAAUGGUCUUUAUUCUGAUAACUCCGACAUUGAUCUAGUGUUCUUCCCCACAAAUCCUGAUCGAAGGAAAACAUUCUUUAAAGACUUCCAUAGCAAUGGAGAUUUCAAAAUGCAAUUCAUUUAUACUUUGUCAAAAUUGCUCACUCGAGAGAUAGAGAAUGUUGGUAGCAAUGUGGAGAGCUGUGUUGUUCUUCAUCAGUUACGGGUCCCGCUGUUAAUUGUACAUUUGAAAAGCGGACAAAGUAUGGAUAUACAGUUUCCAGAUGAACAGUUUCAAGCUAUUAGAAAUACAAACUUGAUAAGGCACUACGUUCAGGUGAAAUUUGUGUUGUAG